UUACUGUCUGCAAUCUACGCCUCCACCCCGCCCUCCGCGGCCUCGCUGGUCCACGCGGUUGCCUCCCUCCCGCAUGCGUCUCUUAAAUACUCCACCUCUCGAGCGAAGGAGUAGAGCACCCGAGCAUGAAGCCCAGUGGCGGUAAGGCGGCGCAGGAGGAGGGCAGGUACUUGGGGGUGCGGAAGCGGCGGUGGGGGAAAUGGGUUUCGGAGAUCCGGCUGCCGCGGAGCCGGGAGAGGAUCUGGCUCGGCUCCUACGACGCCCCCGAGAAGGCGGCCCGGGCCUUCGACGCUGCCGCCUUCUUCCUCCGCGGCCCCGCCGCCCGCCUCAACUUCCCCCACCAUCUCCCCCCCGACGCGCACACCGCGGCGCUUUCCCUCGACCAGAUACAGGCCGCGGCCGCGCGACACGCCAAUGAGCCGCCGGCGGAGUCCUCGGCUGCUGCGUCGGCGUCGGGGGCGACGGAGAACCAUGGGCUCGAUGAGUCCAUCAUCAGUUUCAUGGCCAUGGAUAGUAGCGCGGACUUCCCUUCGCUCUACGAGGAUUUCUUCUUUGGGUUUUCCGCGGAGGCCGAGCCACCGCCGCAAGAGCAUGAUGUCGUCGGCGUCGACCGACACGACUGGAGUGAGGUGUUCGAUGAAUUCCCUUCUCUCUGGAGCUUCUGACUCUGAGGAGGAAGAUGAAGAAGCGGCUCAGCAACACUUUUUUUGAUACUGUUGCCGUAUAUACAUGUAUCGAUUACUGGUCGAGAUUAUUACUUCUCUCGAUCCUUUUCCCUUCAGCUGGAAUCCAUACACUCCCUUCUCUCUCAUCUCUCCUUCCAUCAGCACACGAUCAAUAAUACUUCAUGCUGCUGUGCUGUGUCUGCAAACCACAUGUUCGAUACAUAACCACACGCUGCCGCUUCAUCA